GCACAUGACUGUAGUCAUCAAGUUAUAGUGCAACAGAUUCAAAACCAAGCAAAGACAGGGUCUUUGAUACUAUACUCAAAGUAAAAACUCAGUGUUAUUGUCUAUCAGCUGAACACACGUUAUCAAAAUGGAUACACCAAAGGAGGAGAAAAGUAUCCCAAACUUCAGUGAAUUUCAAUUUUCCUCCCUAAAUUCAGUGAGUGAUAAGCCAGUGCAAAUAUCAAAACCCCAGCCUUUCAAUGAUAUCUAUUUACCAGACCAUAAGUAUGAUAAAAUUACAGCAGGAUCCUUAAAUAUUAGCGAGGCCCAAUUAAAUUGCGAACCAGGGUCAGUCAUGAAUGAAAAUUGUUCUUCUUUAAGAACGUUUACAGGCAAGCCAGCGUCUGAGAUCAUCCCCUCAAAUUGUGAAACCAAAUGCAGUAAUAACAUUUUGAGUUGGGAAAUUCUUCCUAAUAUUGGUUCGAUGAAACAUACGACCGGAAAUCGAAAUUCUCAGGAAUUGAGUUCAGGCUGCUUUUCAGCAGAAGUCAAGACCGGAAGACCUGAUACACCUCUGCAACCGAGACCGUUGAAUACUUUGUCUGCCAGUUCAAAGAGACGUAGAUCUUCUCCGGACAAGAAGGCAGAAAGUCGUCCAACAGAAGGGAUGAACGAAAGAAAAUCUAAUGAAUGUCACACGGUUUCACCUAAAGAAAACUGUAACAUCUCGAGGGGUAUCAACAGUCAACUGGCAGUUCCCCGCGAAAUUUUGGCCGAUGAGAUACUGUUACAUGAUCGUCUGUCCAGUGCAGAUAAUUUCGACCUGAAAUCAUCAAGUUCCGUGGGCCAAGAUUCUUUAAGCAGUCAAGAGAGCAUGAGUUCGAGAAAAGGAAACGGCUGGCAGAACAAAUGUGCUCACUCAAGAACCAACAAAAGUCCUCUGUGUGGAUUAUCCACAGCAACAACACUAUCGCCCACGAUGUACAGUAACAUACGAGCAUGCCCCUCCACUUUUACGAGUGAUCCCCGGUGUGUUAAAUCUUGCAGUGAUCUGUUCAUUAACAGUAAUGAUUCACAAGAAAUCAGUCUCACCGAUGAUGAUUUUGAGAAAGAUGAGAAUGGAACUUCAGUAAACUUCAACAUUCAUCAACAUAAUAACCUGAAUCAACACCUGUCCCAUCCCAUCAAGAAAAAUGUCACCAAAAUAUCAUCCACCGAUACAAAACCAGUAAAGACGUGUCUUGAAAACACAGAAAAGAAUACGACUCACUCUAAAAAUUUCGAAGAAGUGCAAAUACCCAUGGUCAAAGAAAUAAAGAGUGGCGAGCAGACUGAGCCUCAACCUAAAAAGAAUAAUAUCCAAGAAUACAAAGAAAUGAAGAAAAUUAAGAAGACAGCCAAUUCUAACAACUCACUGGAGCUGCGCAAAGCCUACGAUGUAAAACAGAGAGCUGAAAUCAAAAACCUUACUGGUCUGAAAUUGAAGAAACCCCAAAAUAAAAUGAAUAUCAAACGUAAAAGAAUCAUUUUUAAAAAGUCUUGUGAAUAUGAAAAGGGCAUACAAAGAGAAAAUGAUAAAAUAGUUUUCUCUGGAGAAGUAAGCAAACACAGGAAGAAAAAACAAUUUGUAGUCGAUUACACGAAAGAGAACCUAGCGAUCUAUAGCACUCCCGGAAAGACUCUGUUUGUUAAACUAGAAUCUGAAAUAAAUCACCUUCCUAUUGAUAAUACCAAAAGAAUGUAUGAGUUGGGAAAGAUGAGUCAGACAAGAAUUAUAUUACAUCAGGAGGAAAAUACUGGCCACGAAUAUGAGGAUGAUUAUGAGAACGACGAGGAUGAUCCAACUUCCAAUCUUGGUGCUGAGCUCUUCGAUUUGAGAAAUAACAUCAGUCUUUUAGAUUCUAGGACUACAAAUCGGGAAGCAUGUCGCAUGGUUGAGAACAGAAGCAGCUAUGUGGAAAUGGAUCGUCAAUUAAAAGCUUCAUUGGGAAUUAGAAAAGAAGUUUCCGCUCAGGCUACCGUUUUUAACGAUGAUCAGACAACUUCCGAACAGUUUCUAUGUGCAACAGCAGCAAAAACUUACGCUUAUUCCACAAACCCAGGUCAAUCGGUAUCUUAUUCAGGGUAUGUGAGUCUUCCACCAAUAGAAAUGAACAAUUUUGUAGUACAAAGAAUUCCCAAGCAUUCAUUCUCACAAAACAAAACCGGAGGUUUGGCGAAAAAUGUUCUGUCUUCACGAAAUAAAGCAACGGAGACUUCUCGCAGAAAUUUGAGUCAGCGCCAUUGGUCUGCUCAAAGUGAAACAAAAGGGAUUCAAAAAUCAUCCAUAUCUUUGCCCAGUGUAAAGAAGCCAGCUCCCAAAUACGACAUCGAUAUCCUGGAGACCCGAGCGAAGGCCCCGUCCUUUGAUACCCACUUGGAUGGGUAACUUCCGGGUCGAUUUCAAAAUAAAUAGUUAUUAUUUUUAGGAAUUAUAAAAGUUAAUGUUUGAAUCAGCACUGUACAAAAACAAUUAACGGGGUGGAAAAAAAGUUAUUACCAUUUAAUUGUCAUAAAAGACUUGUUUUCACGCAACGUAAGAACUGCCAUCAACUACAAUUUUCACUCACAAUUAAAAUGUAAAAAUCAGAGAAUUUCA